CAUGACUUAAUGUGCUCAUACUCGAUAUGUCAGAUUUGUUAAUCAACAGAACAAUUGAAUAGAAGUCUUAGUCUUUAAUAUAAUCAUCCAGCAGUGAAUGGAUUGUGCUUCGGUGAAGGUUAGGAUGGUAGCAUAUGGUUUGAAAGGCCAGACAUGUGUUAAAAACAGCUUUAAUUUAGCCUAGUUCUACAUUUAUGCUAAGUUGGUUCACUCCAAAAUUAAGUUUCUCCACAAGAUGGCGACAUAAAUCCACAUAGAAUUUCGAUUGCGUUGCUAAGCAGCACUCCGUUUAUUCUAGUGUAGUAGCAGAAAAGACCAAAAAUAUUGGGUGAGUUCGGCUAGAGAAGAAAACUAGAGUAGCUGACAAGUUUGGAAAAUGGACUUUACCAUCCCACUAUGAAUUAGGCCGAGUUAAUUGACGACUUAUCUCCGAGAAAGAGAGUCGAUGUGCAGAGUUCUAAGGUGUGUCCCAAUAUGGGCAGCAUCGCAGAGGGCAACUCUCAUGGAGCUCACUGUUAUUGGGCUGUAUGUCAGCAUCCUUGCUGCUGGGAGGCAGAGCGCAGGCUUGCUAAAGGCAUCUCAUCGCAAGAAGCCAAGUUGUCUCGUGCCCCUGCAAACGGCUAUGUAGAUGAAUUCCCAACAUUGACAGUUGUGGAUGUUUCACAGUGGACCAGGGGCAAAGAGAAAUCUUGUUCCAACCCUUUGUAUGUGAGUAACAGCACAGACAGCCUGACGUGUGAGGCCUCUCAUUAUAACCAGUCUUUCCCACCUUUGAGUCCUGUCAUGGAGCAGAACAGGAAAUCAGAGAAACGACUUCAGCUUCCACCAGUGACCUGUCUGGAUUUUUCCACUCAGAGCAAGCAGCAGAUUAAGCUUAACACAGCUUGGAUUGAGCCACUGGCUAGUUGUCCUAGUCCAACUCGAGUUUCAAACAUGCUUGUUAUGUUGGUUCCUAAUCCAGACCCAGCCCCUGUUGCUCUCUCCCAGAACAGUGAAGAAAGGGCUAAAUCCCCUCAUGUGGCUGUGAAAGAGAUUUUCUGUUUGCCACCCUCAGAAACUUUGAUCAAAUCAAAUAUCAGGAAGAAAACCACAGGUGUGAAAAAGAGGGUGCGGUUCCAGCUGUCUUUCUCCCCAUCCAUCUCACCGCUGAUGGCCUCGGAUUUACCAGAGCCAUUCAGUGUCCUUGGGCACACAGCUGGCCCCUGGCAGGCCGCGGAGGGCACACGGACUUCCCCUCUCUCUGACGCGCGAGGCCCAGACACAGCCAAGCGGAGGCCCGAGUCAGCACCUUCCGCAAACAAAGACCCGUUUUUGCUCAGAAACAAGCCUGUGGUCUUCCACGACAUCACAGAGAAGAAGCAGAAGAAGGUGCUCGGUGAUGUCCGGAAAAUGUACAAACUGGACUACAAGAAUGGUGAGGAGGGUAUUGACUGGAAAAGUCUCAGGGCACAGAGUUAUUUGUGGAAAAAAUAUAACCUGUCAAACAACCGUACGAAGGACAAAGCUAUUCCUCUAGAGGGCGCUACUGCACCCCUGUCACCACAGCAUACACUUCUCCGUCUCAGCGUCAUUCCUCAGGCUGCAGUGCCCCACCUAAGGAAUCCAGUCUUAAAAGGUGCUGCAGAAAGGACCUCCCCUCAGCAGAGCAGCCCAUUAGUCUCCCAGAGCAAAAGUAUUCUUAAGAAGUCAUCCAACCACAGUCCUAGUACAGGUGCUCAAAGCCCACCUCAUCCCUUUGAUGGAGAUGCGGGUGAAGUGCCUAUAAAGCAAGACAGUGAUGUUCUCUUCAUAACUUGUCCAUUCCAGCCAGAGGAAUACUCUGAAGAGCCAACUCUGAACACCUCUGUAGCCAGGAUGAGCGAGGAAGCAGAGGAGCCUCAGCAUAGCCAGGUAAUGCCAGCCGCUCUCCACAGCCCCGCCAGUAAGAAGAGGCUACAGUGGGCAGACUAUGAGAGUUUGGAGCCUGAGCCUGAGGUCUUUUGCCCUGAGCUUCACGCACCACCACCCAGUCGUGAAAACCGAAGCAGAAAGUCUCCAGCGAGCAACGAGCAGUGAAAAUGAUCAACCUUCACCCUCGCCCAGCACUGAUGGCAUUGUGAGAGACUGCCCUCUGGCUUGUAAUCGUGCAGGAUUCCCUCCCGUUGCCGGCUAUUUCCUCUCUGGCCCGGAGUUCUUGCUCCGCCAGCUGUAUUAGCUGAGGAAAGUCAGUUCUCACACCCAGGUCCUGUCUGAAUGCCAGAGGACAUCCAAGCGACCCACACAGUGUGCAACACGAAUGGGAAAAAAAGGAAAAGAAAAAAACAUCCCACCCUUUUUCCUAAACAGAGGGUAAACUGUCAUCGUCGUCGGAAAAGCGCAGGGAGCUUCCACAACGAGUACAGAUUUCCAGAGUGGCCUCCCAAAGGAUGUGCUCUGCCAUAGCAACAGAUGGCCUCACAUUAACGCGGGCCCUAUAAACCCCAAACAGCUGAGACCUGUUUGUUUGA